CACUGGGCGCAGAAAAACCUCCAAACGCACCAUGUUACUCUCCGGGGCGCACUCAGAUGUCUGUGCCAACCCUUUACCACUCACCCUUUUCCGUGGGUACAGCGAUGCAAGCCAGUUUGACUUUCAGGAUGGGAAUACUUGAGACGCAGCAGGGACUCGGCUGCAAAACCUGUAUCCUUUGCGAUGCUUCAUUUUUGGGGUUUUAAUUAGUUGCCUUCGCUGCCUUAUGGAGCAGUGUCUCUCUGCAUGUGGGACACCAUGGAGCAGCUGGAAGAGGAACUUACGUGCCCGAUCUGCUGCUGUCUCUUCGAGGACCCACGGGUGUUAUUGUGCUCGCACAGCUUUUGCAAGAAAUGCCUGGAGGGACUGUUGGAGGGAAACCGAGGUCCGGCUUUCAGAACACCUCUCAAAUGCCCCACAUGCCGCAAAGAGACCCCUCACAACGGCGCAAACAGUCUGCAAAUAAACUACUCUCUACGUCAAAUAGUGGAGAAGUACAGCAAGAUCCGGGUUUCACCCAAGAUGAGUGUUUGUAAACAACACAGCGGUCAGCCUCUCAACAUAUUUUGCGCCACGGACUUAAAACUCAUUUGUGGGUUUUGCGCAACUACAGAUGAUCACAGAGGGCACAGGUUCUGCUCCUUAGAGGAUGCGUAUGAACGGGAGAAGGAGGCGUUUGAAGAGCUGCUGCACGGAGUGGAGAGCUGGCAGAGCGCAGAUAUCCUGUCCUGCCUGGAAACACUACAAACCAGUAAGAAAAAAGCGCUCCAGUCGGUGUCCAAAGACGCAGAGAAGGUAACAGAUUAUUUCGACAAACUCAUCAGCAGCAUCGAUUGUAAAAAGAAUGAGAUUCUGUCUGAUUUCGAAACGCUGAAGCUGGUGGUGAUGCAGGCGUACGACCCGGAGAUCACCAAACUGAGCGCAGCUUUGGAGGAGCAGAGACAGGCUCUGGGCAUGGCGCAGUCCGUCAGGAGCAUCACAGACCCCCUGUGUUUCCUGCAGCAGAUGCAGGAAUUUCGGGAGAAGCUCAAGUUCCUCCGGGAGACUCCGAUGCCUUCUCGGAAAGACCUGGAUGCCGGUCCGCUUGUGCGUAAUUUCGACGUUAAAAAGUGGGACUCGCUGAGGCUUAAAGAAGUCGACAAGAUCUCCGUCCCUCAUGAAAGUGUCUCCUACCGUGCGGGGAGCUCACGGGUGGCAGCGCACAGAUGGAUCGCUUUAUUUAUGAGCUUGUUUCUGGCAGCGGUCCUCCUGCUGCCGACACACAGUCCUGCGUCCGUGCCCCUCCAGAUCCAACCGCUCAUCACUACAGUUUCCACGCACCUUGCAAACACUGGUCUGUCUCUGCGGGAAAUAGCUGAAAUGUACAGGAGUUUAAUAUAUGCAUGUCGGGAGUGUAUCCACAACCUAACAGAGUCCACUGUCAAUUUUAUUGUGAGCUGUUUUAAUUAGGAAACACUUACAGCUUUGAUUAUAAAUGAUCAGGCAAAUCUGUGAGCACAUGUACACAUGAAACACUUGUUUAUAAUGGCACUACAUGCGUUUUCUUUCUUUCUUUCUUUCUUUUUUUUUGAGGGGGGGUGACAAGCUUCAUUGUUGAUGAAGCCAAAGAAUCUAAUAGGGAAAAAAAGAAAAAAAAAAAUCCUGAUCCAUAUAUGUUGUACUCUACAUUUACUUGACACUAUUUUCCACGAAUGUACAAUCAAUUUUCUCUUAUUUUAUAUCAUGGCAUGACAAUUUUAUACUUGUCCAAGAUUGACAUACCAAAUAAAACUUCUAAAUCUAAGUCACUA